AUGACAAGGCAGAUACUGACACCGAUGACAAGAGAGAGACUGACAGACAAGACAGAGACUGACAACGAUGACAAGGCAGAGACUGACAACGAUGACAAGGCAGAGACUGACAACGAUUACAAGACAGAGACUGACAAAAAUGACAAGGUAGAGACUGACAACGAUGACAAGACAGAGACUGACAAAGAUGACAAGGUAGAGACUGACAAAGAUGACAAGACAGAGACUGACAACGAUGACAAGACAGAGACUGACAACGAUGACAAGACAGACUAUGACAACGAUGACACGGCAGAGACUGACAACGAUGACAAUGCAGAGACUGACAACGAUGACGAGGCAGAUACUGACAACGAUGACAUGACAGAGACUGACAACGAUGACAAGGCAGAGACUGACAACGAUGACAAGGCAGUGAAUGACAACGAUGAUAAGACAGAGACUGACAACGAUGACAAGACAUAG